AUGUUUGAGAAGUCUCUGGUCGACCUCAUCCGUGGCCUCCGGGGCCACAAAGGCAAUGAGGCCGAAUACAUCCAAAGCGCUCUCAAAGAGUGUCGGACGGAGAUACGAUCGCAGGACCUCGACGUCAAAGCCACGGCACUGUUGAAACUCAUUUAUCUGGAAAUGUUUGGAUAUGACAUGACGUGGGCGGCAUUCAACGUCCUGGAAGUCAUGGCGUCGCCCAAGAUCAUGCAGAAACGGGUGGGCUACUUGGCCGCCGUCCAGACCUUUCGACCAGACACAGAGGUGUUGAUGUUGGCCGAGAACCUGUUGAAAAAGGAUCUCACAUCUCCAUCGAUCCCUGUCUUGACACUUCCUAUCAUCACUCUCCCACAUAUUGUUACCUCUUCCUUGGCACUAUCCAUUUUAUCCGACCUUCUACCUCGCCUCUCGCAUUCUCAACCUGCCGUGCGAAAGAAAACCAUUGUUGCCUUAUAUAGGCUUGCCUUGGUGUACCCCGAGACGUUGCGAGUGGCCUGGCCGAAAAUCAAGGAGCGGCUUCUGGACGAGGAAGAAGACAGCAGCGUUACUGCCGCCACUGUCAAUGUGGUCUGCGAACUGGGAUGGCGCAGACCGCAAGACUUCCUGCCACUGGCCCCCAGACUCUUCGACCUCUUGCUAGCCCAGAAGAACAAUUGGAUGGGCAUCAAGAUUAUCAAACUUUUUGCCGUUCUGACCCCGCUUGAACCCAGGCUGGUCAAGAAGCUGGUCCGUCCAUUGACGAAAUUGAUUCAAGAGACCACGGCCAUGUCUCUGCUCUACGAAUGUAUUAGCGGAAUCAUACAAGGAGGAAUCCUCGAUAUGGCUGAUAGCGGAGUUGAUGUGGAAGAGGUGGCCGACCUCUGCAUCUCCAAACUACGAGGCAUGAUCGUUCUGGACGGCGACCCGAAUCUGAAAUACGUGGCUCUUUUAGCAUUCAACAAGAUUGUGGGAUCGCACCCGGCUUUGGUAUCCAUGCAACAAGACGUGAUCAUGGCCUGCUUGGAUGACCCAGACAUUUCAAUCAAGAUGCAAGCGUUGGAGCUGGUGUCAGGAAUGGUCAACAGUGAUAGUUUGCAAGGGGUGGUGGAUCGACUGAUGAAACAGUUGGCGAAUUCCCCAUCUGCCAACGCCGAUGUGUCGAACGGCCACUCUGAAGAAGGCCAGACGGACAUGGAACAAAGGUUGAUUCCGGACAAACGCGGAUCCGAGAACACGCCUCUUUCGGACGACUACCGUGCGGAAAUCAUCAGCCGAAUCCUGGCGAUGGGCUCGCACAACACCUACGCCAACAUUACCGAUUUUGAAUGGUACAUCGAGAUCCUGGUGCAUCUCGUGCGACACCUUCCUGCCGAGCAGAACAAUGCGUUCCCGUCAAGGACAGCCUUGGAAGAUGACAACACCUCAUUAGGAGCACAAGUUGGGGCCCAACUCGUCGACAUCGCAGUCCGAGUCAAGGAACUCCGACCAGAAACCACGCGAGCCGCCGAGACGCUCGUGCUCCUGUCCAAUCGUGUAAUAGCAUAUCCCAGGCAUGGGUCUGGCCAAAACCAAGUCCUGAGGUCUGCCGCCUGGAUAUGCGGCGAGUUCGCGGCCUACUUGUCAAACCCGUACGAGGUGGUCAACUCGUUGAUCCACGAGUCAUCCGAGACCUUCAGCGCGAGCACGCUUGCCAUUUUCGUGCAGGCCAUCCCCAAAAUCAUCUCGCAUAUAGCAGUGGCCGCGAGUCGGGAGUGGAAUGUGUCGCGGGGUUCGACAAUGUCUCUGCUACUGGCGCGGACUACAGAGUUCCUGGAAAAGCUGUCGAGCCACCCGAACCUCGACGUGCAAGAAAGAAGCGUCGAGUUUCUCGAACUGUUGCGUCUCAUCUCGGAAGCACUUUCUUCUCAAUCUCAAUCCGGCGACAGCACUCAACCUCCUCUUCUUCUGACAUCCGCCAUGCCCAAUCUCUUCUCCGGGAUGGAACUAAACCCAGUGUCUGCGGCCGCUCAGAAGAAGGUUCCCCUGCCAGAGGACCUGGACCUCGAUGCACCCAUCAACCCGGACCUUCCAUCCAUUCUACAAGCGUCACAGGUGGCUGACGCGGACGACGAUUCAGCCGACGAUGCAUUCCAUUCAUUCUACCACGACCGUGAGCCUACCGUUUCUACGACAAUUACAUCGCUGCAUUCCCAUUCCGCUUCCACGGCGAUGGCCGAGCACUCUGCGGAAGCCGAGCCCAUCUCAUACCAAGCGGCACCCGAGUCUCCCGCGACGCUUGCACGACGGAAAGCCGAGAGGAUGGCCAGAAACAAAGACGAUCCAUUCUACAUUGCCCCAUCCGAGGGGGACCACCCCAGGUCUCGUCUUCACGACAUGAUCCACAAAUCCAACGGCGACGACGAACUAGACGUAGACUCAAUCCCCAUCAUUGACCUGCAAAUCGACCCCUCGCAAACCACAGCCACCACACACCAUCAUCAUCACAGCAAAUCCGACCUCGACCCCCAAUUAUCAGCCGGGAGAACAAAGAAGAAGAAGAAACCUGUGCGCCAAUUCGUCGUCGCCGCAGACGAAACGAUAGACGAUGGUGCCGGGUCCACAGAAGCCAAUGUGCCAGCACAUCAUUCUCAUUCUCACACACACUCGCUGUCGGCAUCGCAUCCGACCUCUCCGUCUCCCACGCCGCCCAUGGUUUCUUACCGUCCCCGCUCACAUAGUCCACACACGUCAGCAUUCGGAGCUGGCCUCGUCGGCUCCGGACAUGGCAUCGGCGUCGGCAUCGGCGGCAGGUCUUCGGCAACCCGGCCCACAAGGACUUUGUUAACAGUCGACUCGUCUACGCUUGAAAAACUCAGUCUCGAAGGCACCCAGGCGGAGACAGAGUCGGAGAUCCUCCGUCGCGAAGCCGAAGAAGCCGAAAUGGCGGCGGCCCUCAGAGAAAUCGAGCGCAAACGGCUGGAAAUGCAACGUGAGGCCGAGCGGCAGCGGACCGUGGUGGGUGAAGGAGUCGAUCUUGAGGGGACUGUGGUGCGGCGGAAGAAGAAGAAGAAGGCGACGACGACGGCGACGACGACGGCGACGACGACCAAAACGAAAACAAAGAACAAGUCGGUGACGUUGGACUUACAACAACAGGGCGAAGGUGGGGAAGAGCAGCAACGAAUUGAAGCCACAGAAGGUGACGCAGUGGGAGAUGAAAGUUCCGGCGUCGCUGUCGUUGCCAAACCGAAGAAAAAGAAGAAAGUCGUCAAGACGGAAACGAAGGAGCCGGAAAGCGUGGACGACGACAAUGACAAUAGCAAUAGCAAUAGCAACCGCAAUCGCAAGAAGGCCAACGACUUGGACGUGGCCGUGGCCGUGGGUGUUGCUCACGCCGGCGAAGAUGCUGCAGCCCAGAGCUGA